UUACUAGUUGAACCUUCAUUCCUCUUCACAGUGCAAGAACUAAUGGGAGGUGGUUCCUGCUGUGUGUUGACGCUCAAUUGUGUGAAAGCUGCCUGUCUUCACCAGAUUCCAGGUCCUUCCUGGUGAUACCCUGAGCUGCCAGCAGAGGCUGCUGUGGUUAUGUGUGGGACCAGCAGCUCGGGCUGACCCUGUCGAUCCAGUCCUUUUCCUCCAUACCAGCUUGCCUCUACAUACAUACAUACAUUCAUACAUACAUACUUACUUCAUACAUACUUUUUUGAGGGAACUCCUGGUAUUGGUUUAUACUGACCCACAGUGCUCAUAAGAGGCUUACAUCCCUCUAAAAUAACAUGUCCUCACUUCCCUCCUGACAGUGAGACUCUUCAUUGUCUAUAGAGGUUUAAGGUCCCAGUAGGGGAGGGGCAUCUACUCUAUUCUAUCCCAGAGUUUAGAGCCACUAGCUACCUGCUCUGCCUGCCUGCCUCCCUCCCUCCCUCCAGGGUUACUAAGCACUUGCUGUGUAAGGCUACAUUUUAAUCAAAAGCACUCCACAGAAUACUUUUAUGCUUUUUAUAUAUUUAUUCGGUUUUUUUGUUUGUUUUUUAAAGACCCUUCUCUGUGUAGCCUUGGCUGUCCUAGGACCGCUCUAAAGACCAGGCUGGCCUCAAACUCAACAGAUCGGCUUGUCUCCUGAGUGCUGGGAUUGAAGGCAUAUAGUACCUCUCCCUGGCUAUGCUUUUUAUUUUUUAAGGCAGGGUAUCACCUAGGUUGACCUAUAAUUCACUCAUGUAGCUUAGUUGAACUCUCAGCACUCCUCUUGAGUGUUGGUAUUAUCAGUAUAAAUGACCAUGCCUCAUGCGCCUUCAUAGGGAAGAAAUUCAGGAUAUGUAGCCCCUUUAAGGCUACAUAACUUGGACUGGAUCAUUGUAUAGACCUAAACACAGCUCAACCUCAACCAGUCGUCUCUCUGACUGGAUAGAGUAAGGCCUGGGUCUCCCAAGUCAGGCACUCAUUAGGUCCCAGGUAGAGCUGACUGCUCAUUGCUGAGUUGGGCGGUGGGUCUGGGAACUGGGAAUGUAAUUCUGCUAAGAGGUGUUUUGUUAGUACUUGUGUGUUAGACAGGGAAAGGAAGGAGUGUGUAUCGAAACUGCCUUCUCAGGUAGUUCAGCUCCAUUACCCACCCCAUCCCUCUCACCUGUUCUAAAUGAUGACACGUAGUAGUUAGUGACCAUUGGCAGUCAAAGUUUAGGGACAGGAGCAAGCUAUGUAAUGUCUUGAGCCAGAGCACAAGACAGAAAAUUGGAACAGAACUACAUAAAGCACGAUCAGAGAUUUCCUGUCCAGCCCACAGGGUGGAGUUUAGUCCAUUCCUCUCCAUCAUCCUGAAUAUAAGCCUGCCACAAUGUCAGACACCGAUGAGCUCUCAGGACGGGGGGAGCUUCAGUGCCAGCCAUGAAUCUCAAGGUGCUGCUGCUGCUUCUGGGGCUGUCUUUCCUCACUGUCUUUGCUCUGGUCUAUGUCCUGCUGACCAGGCAAGGCAGUUUCAGCCAGUCUCCUCGAUGCCCUUCCAUACCUCCCAGAAUUCAUCCCUGGACACACCCUAGCCAGAGCCAGCUGUUUGCAGACCUGACCCCAGAGGAGCUGACAGCUGUGAUGAGCUUCCUGACCAAGCACCUGGGGCCGGGGCUGGUGGAUGCAGCCCAGGCUCGACCCUCGGACAACUGUGUCUUCUCAGUAGAGUUGCAGCUGCCUGCCAAGGCUGCAGCCCUGGCCCACCUGGACAGAGGGGGGCCCCCACCUGUGCGAGAGGCACUAGCCAUCAUCUUCUUUGGUGGACAACCCAAGCCCAACGUGAGUGAGCUGGUGGUGGGGCCCCUGCCUCACCCCUCCUACAUGCGGGAUGUGACUGUGGAGCGCCACGGCGGCCCCCUGCCCUAUUAUCGGCGCCCCAUGCAGAAAACUGAGUUUGUUCAGAUAUGGAGGCAUUUGAAAGAAGUGGAGCUACCAAAGGCACCCACCUUUCUGGCUUCUGUCUUGAACUACAAUGGCUCCACCUUGGCACCUUUGCAUUCUACUGCUAGUGGUUUCCAUGCAGGCGAUCGAGCUACCUGGAUAGCCCUCUACCAUAACAUCUCAGGUCUUGGAGUGUUCCUUCACCCUGUGGGGCUGGAGCUACUGUUGGACCACGGGGCCCUGGACCCUGCCGACUGGGUAGUCCAACAGGUCUUCUACCUUGGGCAUUACUAUGCAGACUUGGCCCAGUUGGAAUGGGAGUUUAAAGUUGGCCGCCUAGAAGUGAUUCGGGUCCCUCUACCCACACCAGGUGGAGCUUCCUCCUUGAGGCCUAGAGUCACUCCAGACCCUCCUCUUCCCCCUCUUCAGUUCUCACUUCAGGGUCCCCAGUAUAACAUACAGGGAAACUCAGUGACAUCUCCCCUCUGGACAUUUACCUUUGGUCAUGGGGUGUUCAGUGGCUUAAGAAUUUUUGAUAUUCGGUUCAAGGGUGAGCGUGUGGCUUAUGAAGUCAGUGUCCAGGAGUGUCUGACAGUUUAUGGUGCUGAUUCCCCCAAAACAAUGACGAUCCGGUACUUGGACAGCAGCUAUGGGCUUGGUCUCAACAGCCGAGCUUUGGUUCGGGGGGUGGAUUGCCCCUAUCAAGCCACAAUGGUGGACAUCCAUGUACUGGUGGGCACGGGGUCAGUCCAGCUGCUUCCAGGGGCUGUGUGUGUAUUUGAGGAGGCCCAGGGACUGCCCCUUCGAAGGCAUCAUAAUGGCAUCGGGGGUCAUUUCUAUGGUGGUUUGGCCAGCUCAAGCCUUGUGGUCAGGUCGGUGUCAUCAGUGGGCAACUAUGAUUACAUCUGGGACUUUAUGCUACACCCAACCGGGGCCCUUGAAGCUCGUGUCCAUGCCACGGGCUAUAUCAACACAGCCUUCAUGAGUGGAGGAGCUGAAAGUCUCCUCUUUGGGAACCGUGUGGGAGAAAGAGUGCUGGGAGCGGUGCAUACACACGCUUUCCACUUCAAACUGGACCUUGAUGUAGCAGGUUUGAAAAACUGGGUGAUAGCUGAAGAUGCGGUCUUUAAGCCUGUAGCAGCCCCCUGGAACCCAGAGCUUCAGCUACAGCGCCCACAGCUGACCAGGUACCAGCUUGUGGUGACCCAGAGGAAGGAGGCAGAGCCUCACAGCAGCAGCAUCUAUUACCAGAACGACAUGCGGAGCCCAGCUACGGUUUUUGCUGACUUCAUCAACAAUGAAACCCUCUUAGGGGAGGAUCUGGUGGCUUGGGUGACAGCCAGUUUCCUGCACAUCCCCCAUGCUGAGGACAUCCCCAACACAGUGACUGUGGGAAACAGAGUGGGCUUCUUGCUCCGACCCUACAAUUUCUUCAAUGAAGAUCCCUCUAUCUUCUCCCCUGGCAGCGUGUACUUUGAGAGGGACCAGGAUGCCGGGCUCUGCAGCAUCAACCCUGUGGCCUGCACCCAACAGCUGGCAGACUGUGUCCCCAACUUACCCUCCUUUUCCUAUGAAGGCUUAUAGGCCUGAGGCUAUGGUGAGGCCCCAGGGUAGGAGGGAUGGAAUGUGGAGUGGAGAAAUGGCUCAGCGAUUAAGAGCACUUGACUGUUCUUCCAGAGGUCCUGAGUUCAAUUCCCUGCAACCACAUGGUGGCUCACAACCAUCUGUAAUGGGAUCUGAUGCUCUCUUCUGGUGUGUCUGAAGACAGAGACAGUGUACCCAUAUACAUAAAAUAAAUCUUUUAAAAAAUUUUAAAAAAAGAAUGGAAUGUACACACUCCUCUGUUCUGUUCCUGAAUUUUGUUUUUUGUCUUUUUGUUUUUGUUUUUCAAGACAGGGUCUCUCUGUAUAGCCCUGGCUGUCCUGGAA